CUCCCCAAUGUACAGGUCUGUUGCUGAACGCCCUGCCAUAGCGGUCUGCCCGAGGUCUGGAGCCAUACCUCUCUCAUAUGCUUAACUUCUGGUAAGGUGAAAGUACGACCCUAUCUGAAAGAAAAUGUGUGAUAUAUCAGAUGUUCUACAGGAUAUGAAGCAGAAAGUGUGCAGCUGUAUAGAUAAAUGGUCAGAAAAGCUGCGCAUGCUCAGUAAUGAUAUCUGGAGCUGUCCUGAGCUCGCUUAUGAAGAACACAAGGCUCACGACAGGCUGGUGGAGUUUUUCAGUCAGGACCCAGGCUGGAAGGUGGACUCUCACUUCAAACUCCCCACUGCCUUCAGAGCCAAGUGGGCACCUGCAGCCAGCCAGCAUGGUCACGUGAUCAACGUGGGUUUCUUGUGCGAGUAUGACGCCCUGCCGGGGAUCGGACACGCGUGUGGACACAAUCUAAUCGCUGAGGUGGGAGCUGCUGCUGCUGUGGGGCUCAAACAUGUGCUGGAAAACACGGAGAACCUUCCGGUAGCCGUCCAGGUGACCGUCCUGGGGACUCCAGCAGAGGAGGAUGGUGGAGGUAAAAUAGACUUAAUGAAGGAGGGGGCCUUUGAUAACAUGGACAUGGUGUUCAUGGCCCACCCUCUGCAGGAUGACGCCCCCUACCUCCCUCUAGUGGCUGAACAUGAUGUGAUUAUAAAGUACCAUGGGAAGGCGUCUCAUGCCUCGGCCUAUCCCUGGGAAGGAGUGAACGCGUUGGAUGCAGCGGUGCUGUGCUACAACAACCUGUCAGUGCUCAGACAGCAGAUGAAGCCAGACUGGAGAGUUCACGGUAUUAUUAAACAUGGAGGAGAGAAACCAAACAUCAUCCCUGCCUUCACUCAGCUCGAGUACUAUCUGAGAGCGCCGUCACGAGCCGAGCUUCGACUCCUGAAAUCCAAAGCUGAGGGGUGUUUCAGAUCAGCCGCUGACGCCACUGGAUGUCGGGUUGAAGUGGAGUAUUCCAGAAAUGCUUUUGAUAACAUUUUGAGAAAUAAAACUUUGGAAGGUUUGUAUGAGAGCAACGGGAAUGCUCUGGGGAUGGAGUUCACCACAGAUGAAGAAGUCCUGAACAACGCCUCUGGCUCCACAGACUUUGGGAACGUGACGUUUGUUGUUCCUGGGAUCCAUCCGUACUUCUACAUCGGCUCAAAGGCUCUGAACCACACAGAAGAGUACACUGUGGCCUCAGGUGAUGCCAAAGCUCAGUUCUUCACUCUGAGGGCGGCGAAGGCUCUGGCCAUGACGGCGUUGGAUGUGCUGCUGCGUCCUGAGGUGCUGCAGAGGGUGAAGGAGGAGUUCACUGAGGCUAAAGUGAAGGAGGAGAGGACGCUGAGAGGAGAGCGCACGGAGCAGACUGGAGGACAAACACAGUGAAGAGCAGGAGGAUGACUACUAGGGGUGCACCGAUUGCAAUUUUCUGGCCGAUCACCGAUCUUUAAAAAGCCUGACCUGCUGAUUCCAAUUUUGGCCGAUACCGUUUUUUUUAUGACUGACAGCAUACACCUUCAA